AAUGCUUAGCUCCGCCCAGGACGCAACAUCUUUAGCAAAGCUUACUCCUUUUUCAAGCAAGACGUGGACUCUAUUAUAUACUCUGUAUUUAGAGUAUAUCAGUAAACUUCUUGAUCCAUACGGAUAAAUUGGGAAAAGAGCCUCAUUUAAAGUAAUAUCAAUAUGAAUACAAUUGCAAGAUUGUUGCUGCUACUGCUGCUUCUCCACUUUUGCACUUUAUCUGACAUGAAACUACUUUACAGAGAAAGGAGAGGAACACGCAGCUAUAAAGACCACUGUGUAGAGUCAAGCAUAACUGCAGUCAGAGAGAUAGGCGAAACUUGGCUACGAUGGAGAGGUCAGAAGGUUGAGUAUUGCCGCUGUGCAUCAAGAGCAAGAGCACGCUGUUACUACAUACCUACCACUACUUGUUAUGCAUCCAGAUGCUACAGUGGUGGUACAUGUAAGGAGGCAGUGCUCUCCAAUGACUUCAUAUGCCUGUGUUUACCAGGUUUUACAGGACAACAGUGCGAAAUCAAUUUGAAUGAGAAAUGUUUGAGUGGGCAUGGUUAUGAUUAUCGUGGUACUUGGAGCAUCUCCAGCUCUGGCAGUGAGUGUAUCAACUGGAACUCAACAUUACUUAGAGGAAAAAAAUUCACAGCCAGGAAACCAGACACAAGAAUCCUUGGACUGGGCAAUCACAACUACUGCAGAAAUCCAGAUGGAGACUCCAGACCAUGGUGCUACAUUUAUAAGAAGUCUCAAAUUGUGUGGGAAUUCUGUUCUAUACCAAACUGUACAACAGACCCUGUACUGGAGUGUGUACAGGACUCAGGUCAGUCUUAUAGAGGAACUUGGUCAGUCAGUAAAAGCAAUGCUAAUUGUCUGCCAUGGGACUCCCCUGCAAUCUAUCACAAGUCUUAUACAGCCUGGAGGCCAGAUUCCAGAGAGCUGGGUCUUGGCAGCCACAGCUACUGCAGGAACCCAGACAGUGAUCUUGGUCCUUGGUGUCACAUUUAUAAAGGAUCCCAGCUGACUUGGGAGCUCUGUGAUAUUCCUAAAUGCUCAAGGAAACCAUCUACCAUUACAACCCUUGGACCAAGAGCCCCUACAACUGCCAUCAGAGGAACUUCUUGUGGUCAGCGUUCUGAAAGGCCAUCUAGUUCUCUGCCAAUAUUCAGAAUACUUGGAGGUCAGGUUAGUGACAUCAAACAACAACCAUGGCAAGCUGCUAUCACUGUGUACUCACCACGUACCAAAUCACACAACUUUUUGUGUGGGGGAGUCCUCAUUGACUCCUGCUGGCUCCUCUCUGCAGCACACUGCUUCCAGGAGAGAUUUACAGAAAACCACAUGCAUGUGAUCCUUGGCCGAACCUUCAGGCUUCAGAAUUCCAGCAGUGAGCAGAUAUUUGAUGUGGAGAUGUAUUGGAUUCAUGAACAAUACAACGAUGUGAAUUAUGAUAAUGACAUAGCUCUGUUAAAACUGAAGAGUGAAUCUGGCAUCUGUGCUGUAAAUACUCCAGAGGUGCUGCCGGUCUGUUUACCAGACCUUGGAAUGGUUUUCCCAGAUUGGAUGGAGUGUGAGAUUUCUGGUUAUGGCAAGGACAAAGAAUUCUCGCCAUUCUAUUCUGAGCAAAUAAAACAGGGUCAUGUGCGCCUUUGGCCCCAGGAGCAGUGUGUGCCAAAGAAACUCUCUGGGCGUGAAAUCACGGCUAACAUGCUGUGUGCUGGAGACACACGUGGCCUGGACGAUGCCUGCAAGGGUGACUCGGGUGGUCCUCUAGUCUGUGAAAAGGACAGCCAGAUGACCCUCCUAGGUUUGAUCAGCUGGGGGGAUGGAUGUGGAAAGAAGGACAUGCCAGGUGUUUACACACGCGUUACAAAAUACACAACCUGGAUUUCCAGCAAGAUGAGAUCAAACUAAUACACAAAUUCCCAGAGCCAGUGGCUAAAACUAGAUUAAUUUGAAAUCAUCUUUUGGAUUUUCAGAGAGAAAUUGAUUAAAUGAUUGCUAGGGAGAAGAAGAAAAGUCAUCAAGAAUGAUAAUCCUAACAUAAUGUAUUCAUCGCUCCACUUCUAAAUGUAUUGCCCUUAUUUUUUUCCAUACAGCAAUAUCAAUGCACUCAAAUAGGUGUAAUGUUGGAAUAUGUACACAAAUGUACUCUUAUAUAGAAAUUCAUCAUAUGUGUAUAUUAUUAUGCUCCCAAGUCCAGCAAAUAUAAAUAUGCAUUUAAAAAUAUAAAUGAUUAAAAUUUGAAAACUGUAUUCACACUGUAUCACAAUAAAUAUAUGUAGAGGUUACUGUUUGUGUAACCUAAGUGCCUAACAGCCAUUUUUGUGUCAUACUUGCUUAAUGUUAGGUAAAUAUGGUAUGAUUGGUAGGGUGAAGAGUUCCUGGAUAUUGGACAAUGGGAUUUAUAUAUUUUUUAUAUUUUUUCUGAGGUAAAUAUCCUUUUAAUUUCAUUUAUAUUGUGAAAGAAUUUCUGAUUUUACACAGGUAUCAUAUAGGUUUCCUAGUGCUUUUUAGUGCAUACAGUCCCACCCAAAGGUAUUUGCAGGUCAAGGCCAAUUAUGUUGUUGUAUAUGUAGAAAAAUGUUAAGAAUCAAGAAGUAUAAGACAAUUGAUCAAAUUUUCAGCUUUAAUUUCACAGAUAUGUGUUAAACACCUUUCAUGGCAGACCACAUGUAACAUCAUAUGCGACACUGAUGGUGGGGAUCACCCCCAGAUCUCUGCCUGCAGCUCAUUUGCCCAAAGUAAUAAGACCAGUCCCAAACGUGAGAUUCCAAUGCGUCUGUAAUAUAAUUAAACAAUACAAAUGUAGCAAACAUAACAAACAUGAACACAACAAACGUGGUAAACAUGACAACAGAGCACAUGUAACUAAAAUAACAUGAACUAUACAACAUUAACAUUGAUGUGAUAAGACAAAGACUCACAAACACCAAGAGACUCAGACAGACAUAUAUAACACGCUUAAUAAAAACUAACAAGACCCAGGUGACAUGGUGGAAACAAGGUAGGGGCGUGGCACAGCCCACAUAGAAACAAUAAAACAUGAAUAUGAGGAGACCUGCCAGCCUGCCCUCUUUUCUCUGGCCAGGGACUGACAAAUCUCCUGACACUGCACAAUAUUCAUAUGCAAACAUUUGUAUACAUUUGUAAGAGAUAUUCUUGAAAUAAAUUAAAGGAAAGAAUAUUUAAUAUUUGGUUGCACAUCCCUUGCUUGUUUUAACUGCAUCAAGCCAGGAAAAACACUGACAAUACCAAAAUGUUAGAUUCUUCUUUUGUGAUGGAAUUCCAAGCUUUGAACAGGGUUGUGUUCUGACCUGUCCUUUGGAGUUUGUUGGUGAUGCCACUUUUGGGUUUUUUUCACAGCUUUCACAAUGUUUCCAUCAACAGUUGUUGAUUUCAUUGGCCAACCCAUUCAAUGCCUCGUUGUUAGUACAAUAGUGAUUUUCUGUCUUUUUCAGGAUAUUCCAUCUUGUAUUUUCUGUGUUCAUUGACUGUGAAAUGUCUCUGUUUGAUUUUCCUUUUUUUUCUCAGCUGGACAUGUCAAAACCAUUAAAACAUUAGAAAACAUUACAAAACCAAUGUCUCAAGCCAAUGAGUAGAAUUCAGGGCUAUUGUUUAAACAAUAGCCCUGAAUUCUACUCAUUGGCUUGAGACAUCAAGAUGUAAAUUUCAGGAAAUUAAAAAUAAACUAAUGAUCUGAUCUUCUGAUCUCAAACAAAUGCCUUUAGUGUAUAUAAAAAAAACAAUAUAUGUGGCCUUGUAUUACAAUACUUUUAAAUGGGAGUGUAUAAAAUUUACAUAUUAUUAUAUUAUUUAAACUGAUGUUUUUAUUUUACAUUUUUUAAGUACCUCUGCUGGCUCAGAGAGAUUUUUAAGUGGUCUGAUAUUUUAGGUCAGGUCAAGUAAGACCUUUGUUCAUUGUUUAUUAAAGGUUUAAUCCACAUAAUUUUAACAUGGUGUUAGUCUUUGUAUUUUGACAGAGAUAUUUUUUAAAUAUACAAUAUUGUAUUAAGUUCAUGUAACUAUCACCUGUAAUUGUAUUAUUUAGCAUUAAAUAAAUUGUAAUUCCACA